CCCCCGAUGGGAUGUAGCGGGCGGCUGCUGGGAGCCGCCGGGGGCCGCCGCGCCUCGCUGCUCCUCACCAUGAUCCUCUUCUUCACCUACUUCUUGUCCUGCCUGCCCGGGCCCUGCGAGCCGCUGCCGCCCGCGCUGCUGCUGCCGCCGCCCGCCGCGCUGCCCGCGGGGCCGGGGGAGGCUGCGGGGGGCUCGGGGGGCUCGGGGGGUUCGGGGGGUUCGGGGGGCUCGGGGGGAAGCCGCCGUUUCCCCCAGGCCAUCAUCGUGGGCGUGAAGAAGGGCGGGACGCGGGCGCUGCUGGAGUUCCUGCGGGCGCACCCCGGGGUGCGGGCGGUGGGUGCCGAGCCCCACUUCUUCGACAGGUGCUACGAGAAGGGGCUGCGCUGGUACAGGAGCCUGAUGCCACGGACCCUGGAGGGACAGAUCACCAUGGAGAAGACCCCCAGCUACUUUGUCACCAAGGAGGCUCCGCGGCGCAUCCACAACAUGUCCCGGGACACCAAGCUGAUCGUGGUGGUGCGCAACCCGGUGACCCGGGCCAUCUCGGACUACACACAGACCCUCUCCAAAAACCCCUCCAUCCCCAGCUUCCAAGCCCUGGCCUUCAAAAACCUCAGCACGGGACUGAUCGACACGAGCUGGAGCGCGGUGAGGAUCGGGAUCUACGCCAAGCACCUGGAUAAUUGGCUGCAGUACUUCCCGCUCUCCAAAUUCCUCUUUGUCAGCGGGGAGAGGCUGGUCAGCGAUCCUGCCGGAGAGAUGGGGCGUGUCCAGGAUUUCCUGGGGCUCCAGAGGGUGGUGACGGACAAACAUUUCUAUUUUAAUGAGACCAAGGGCUUUCCCUGCCUGAAGAAGCCGGAGGGGGGGAGCAAACCUCGCUGCCUGGGCAAAUCCAAGGGGCGGCCGCACCCCAAAAUCGACGGGCAGGUGGUGCAGCGCCUGCGGGAGUUCUACAGACCCUUCAACAUGAAGUUUUAUCAGAUGACAGGGCAGGAUUUUGGGUGGGACUGAGCCCAUCCUCAGGGCACGCCGCCGGGCUGGCACCUGGGCUGCCAGGACUGUGGUCCAGGGAUGCUCGUGGUCACUGUGGCCUGGGGAUGCUCGUGGUC